AUGACAUAUCCAAAUUCAAUCAGUAUUGAAGAAGAUGGUGAUACAGGGAGUAGUGAUAGCAUCGAGGAAACAGGCCACACCAAUCAUCAAUCUCAAUGCCCUGACACUAGUGCAAUUGGGAAAAAGAAGUUACCUCCAAAAGCUACAAUCAAUAUGCCUGGCAAGAAGAGGAGAUUAAGUUCAGAAGUUUGGGAUUACUUCGAAUUUAUUCCCAAAAAGGAUCCAAAUGAUGAGUUGAAGUGCAGAUGCAAGAAAUGUGGGAAUGAAUAUUCUGCUGAGAGUAAAAGUGGGACAGCUGAAAAAAUUUACAGUUUGGCUAGUAGUUGGGGUAUUGAAAAGAAGUUGUUUGCCAUCACAUUAGACAAUGCUUCUGCAAAUGAUUCUUGUGUUGCAAUACUUAAGAAUCAGCUUAAGUUGAAAAAUUCUUUAAUUUGUGAUGGUAUGUUGUUUCAUGUGAGAUGUUGUGCACAUAUUCUCAACUUGAUUGUGCAAGAUGGUUUGAAAGAAAUUGAUAAAUCUGUGGAGUUAAUAAGAGAAUGUGUCAAGUAUGUGAAGGGUUCUCAAACAAGGAAGUUAAGGUUCACCGAAUAUGUAACACAGACUUCUCUUGAUUCCAAAAAAACCUUAGUUCAAGAUGUUCCUACUAGGUGGAACUCCACAUAUAGAAUGCUUUCAAGUGCACUUUAUUAUCGCCUUGCAUUUUGUCACUUACAAUUAAGUGAUUCAAAUUUUCGGUGCUGUCCAUCUCUUGAAGAAUGGGGAAGAGUUGAAAAAAUUUGUAGUUUUCUUCAAGUUUUUUAUGAGGCAACUAAUGCUUUUUCGGGGUCCAAGUAUCCAACUAGUAACUUGUACUUUCCUCAAGUUUUUAAGAUUCAAUUGAAGCUGUCUGAGGAGUGCAAUAGUUCAGAUGAUUUUAUGAGGAGGAUUGCUUCCCAAAUGUUUGUGAAGUUUAACAAAUAUUGGUCUGAGUUCAAUCUCUUGUUGGCAAUUGCUGUGGUAUUUGAUCCCCGGUAUAAAUUUCAGUUUAUUGAAUUUAGUUAUAAUAAGCUAUAUGGUCCGGGGUCUAAUGAAUUAGUCAAGGUCAGGAAUGCACUUUUUGAUGUCUAUAAUGAGUAUGUGAAGACUUCCAACACACCUGGUGCAUUAUCUUCAUGCUCUCGAGGCAGCAAUGAAGUUUAUUCUCCUCAUGGAGCCAAGGAACAAGAAGACAACCAAUCAUUUGAUAUUUUAGAGGAAUUUGAUCAAUUUGACACCUUUGAAUUUGCCUGUAGUGCACAAAAAAGUCAAUUGGAAUUGUAUUUAGAUGAGCCAAGAGUUAAACGAUCCUCACAUAUUAUUGUUCUUGAUUAUUGGAAAGCACAACAAUUUCGAUUUCCAGAUUUGAGUAAAUUGGCAAGGGACAUUCUAUGUGUUCCAGUAUCAACCGUUGCUUCUGAAUCUGCAUUUAGUCUUGGUGGUAGAAUUUUGGAUCAAUUUCGUAGUUCACUUUCACCCCAAAUUGUUGAGGCUUUAGUUUGCACUAAGGACUGGUUAUUUGGAGAUAAAAGUGAAGUUGCUAUGAAUGUGCUUGUCGUGAUCAAAGCAGUCCGGCUGCAGUUGGAGGUUGCUUGGAGGAUGCACAAGUUUGGCAUCAUUAUGAAUGCUGCUAUUGUUAAUGAUGAGGGCCAAAGCAUUGGUUGGCCUUGGAGCACCACUUUGUUGUGA